AGCUUGGUGAAAUUGAUGAACAACAGUAUGGGAUGGUGCUAUAUAUGGCAAUAUUCCUUGAUUUCAGGAAUUAUUGCUUUGAUAGAGUACGAAAUGAUUGUGUCAUCAAAUGUCACCUAUUUUUUUCAACUAUCCAUUUGGCUUGUGGGUGAGUUCAUGCUAUGUUCUUCAGGUCAAAGUCUGGAAAAUGAGAGAGAGGCAAUGGCAAUAAGUUUAUACAUGACACCUUGGCACAGAUUACCUAUAAAAUUAAGAAGUACAUUUUGUAUUUUUCUAGCAAAAAUGCAGAUGCCUUUACAUUUAGAAGCCAAACCAGUACUUUAUUUGAACUACGAUUUUCUGAUGAAGGUUCUGAAAGCAUCCUACACAUUACUCAUGUUUCUGCAAAACAAAUCUCAGUGAACAAGUCUUUAUUUCAGCACUCAAGUAUUAAUUGGAAUUAGAAUCACCUGAAUGUUAUAAAUUUGAAAUGAUAGAACGUUAUUAAGUUUUAAGUGUUGGAACAAUAUUAUAUAAAAUAUUCUUGCAAG